CAGAUGAUUGACAGUCAUCCGCGGUAUCGGAUAUGAGAGGAUAUGAGAGGACGUGAGAGGCUCGCUAGUUUGUAAAUAAUGGACUUCUUUAACCGUGGGAUGGGGAAUAGUAUUGUGCUAAGACAACCAAAUAGGAUGUUUAUUAUCUGAUGGCACCAUCCAUGGAUUACCGGCUUACCACAAUGUCACGGGGACGGAAGUGCACGUGGACAGACAAGGUUGCCACCUGGUGGUUACUUGUUGUCAUCGCCAGCACUCUCCUCCUCCCUGGCAAUGGCGCCUCCACAUCGGUCACCAAGGAAACAUUCAAAUUCACCCAAGAUACAUACAAUGUGACAAUACAUGAAAACUUCCUGGCAAAAACUUAUACGAUGCCGGAAUCAUCGCGGAUGGGUAUCGUGGCGUAUGACCCUAACUUAGAAAUUCGCUUCCGGGUUAUUUAUGGCAAUGAACAUGCAUUUUUUAAGGCCGAAGAAAAGCAGAUUGGCGAUUUCUGUUUUUUGCAAAUUCGAACGCGGACAAAUAUCAACGAUGUCUUGAAUCGCGAAAGUAAAGACAAAUUUCAUCUAACAGUGAAAGCGAUUGGUCGAUUAAACUCAGGUGAUGUUGAGCCGUUUGAAACCCGCGCUCAAGUCAUUGUUAAAGUUUUAGAUCGGAAUGACUUGAUGCCGUUAUUUUAUCCCACAGAAUAUAGUACGGAGAUUGGUGAGGAUAAACAGCUGCAUAGUACGAUCGUGCAAGUGACGGCAUCUGAUGCCGACGAGGGCAUCAAUGGCGACAUCUACUAUAGCUUUCAUAAGAAAACAAACAUGUUUGCUAUUCAUCCAACAAGUGGCACAAUCACUCUGACACGCCCCCUGGAUUACUCCGAGCAAAACUAUUAUGAACUUGACGUGUUAGCGAGAGACCGAGGUGCUAAAGUCUUCACUAGUGGAAUCUCCUCAAUGAGCAUGGCGAAAGUGAAAAUCCGUAUUGUGCGUGUUAAUAAGUAUGCUCCAGAAAUAAACGUGAAGCGCAUGACAUUGAUUCCAGAUGACAUAAAGCCGGGCACGGUGUGUGCCGUUGUGACGGUUAUUGAUCGGGACACCGGGCAAAAUGGCGAAUUGAAUGUCGUCCAUAUCAUGCAUGGUGACCCUGAUGGACAUUUCAAUCUCAUCCAAGUUCAGAGAGAUCAGUUUAGCCUGGAAGUUGCUCGACCUCUUGAGAGGGAGGUGACACCCGUUUACAAUCUAACAAUCCAAGCGAUUGAUAAGGGGAUGCCUCCUCAGACGGCUACUGUCAGUUUAUUUGUCAAUUUGAAAGAAUCUCACCACUCAGUUCCAAAGUUUGAUAGGAAAUACACGAUGAGUGUUGAUGAAAUUAUUCCUGUGAAUACUCCAUUAUUAUUUGUGAACGCCUCUGGUCCGAACAUCUUGAAGGAAGACGUAACAUAUGAAAUCACAGGUGGGAAUGUAAACAAUUACUUCAAGAUGAAUAUGAACACAGGUUUGAUCUCUUGCGCAAAUCCUUUAGAUUAUGAGAUGGUCAAAAACAUGACUUUACAAGUUACCGCGUGGGAUAGGAGUAAUCUGUUGCUACCAAAACAUGCCAUGACCAACGUAAGCAUUGCUAUCAAGGAUUAUAACGAUAAUACUCCAAUUUUCAACUCUUCCAAUGCUGUGGUGAGUUUUGAGGAAAAUCGCCCAGUUGGUUCAUUCGUGCAUCAAGUGGCUGCAUUUGACCUUGACGAAGGUGACAAUGGCUACAUCACCUACAGCAUUGCCAACCUCAAUCCAGUUCCAUUUGAAAUUGACUACUUCUCUGGUAAAAUAAUGUCCAAACAAGUCCUCGAUUAUGAGGUUGGGAAGCGAACAUUUCAACUUGUUAUCCGUGCAUCUGAUUGGGGGAAGCCGUUCCGGCGAGAAGCAGAGACAACAGUGACAAUCAAAGUUAAGGACGUCAAUGACCACAAGCCUCAGUUUGAGAAAGUCGACUGUCAUGGCUACCUGUCACGUGAAGCACCGAUUGGAACGGAACUUGUUGUGGCAUCGGCCAUUGAUUUUGAUACCGGAAGCAUCAUCAGUUAUCGCAUUGUUUCUGGUAACAAUGGCGAUUGCUUCAAAGUCAACUCAGCCACUGGAUCCUUAAAGCUGAACUGUGAUCUAAAAGAUAACAAGGAGGAGAUGCUACACAUUCAGAUCACAGCGACAGAUCAAGUGAAUGAGGCAGACCCUAUCUUUGUCAAUGUUACUCUCGUCAACAACAACCGCAACCACCAGUUGUCAAACAAUGAUGUUAACAUCCAGUGUACGGAGACUCACGUGACAGAGGAGCUGAGUAAGCUGCUACAAGAAUCAUCCACUGUGAAUGGUGAUAUACUCAAGGAGGUGGAAGAGAGGAAACACAUGGACACCUCUGAUCAUUACAAUACAAACAACAAUGCCCCAGAGUUCCGUGCAGGGCUGCCAAACCUUGUUCAGAUAUUGGAAAAUAUACCGAUCGGUGCAUCAAUCCUGACCCUGGAAGCUCAUGACAAGGACCCAGGUUACAACGGCAAACUCAUUUACGUCAUUAACGCGGGAAACAUCGAUGGCUGUUUCAAAAUUGACACAUACACUGGCGAAUUGAAAGUUUUUGCGAAAAUUGACCGAGAAAUUCAGGACAAGUAUCACCUGAAUGUGACUGUGUCUGAUCUCGGUGAACCACAGCUGUCAACUGAUAAAAUGAUCACGAUUGAGAUCGAGGAUGUGAAUGAUUGCGCGCCGCAAUUUACCAUGAAGGAAUAUGAGGUGAUUAUUUCGGAGAACUCAGUGAUUGGAACGACAGUUGUUCAGGUUUCAGCAGAGGACCAAGAUCUUGGUGAGAACUCGAUGAUAAUGUACAUGUCGAUGAAUGAUAUGUCACAGUUCACCAUCAGCACCAUCAGCGGUAUCAUCACUGUGGCAGGGCCGCUUGAUCGUGAACGCCAGGCUGUUCACGUCUUGCAUAUCAAAGCGUCCGAUGGAGCACAUGACAACCCACUCACAGCUAUUGCUAAGGUCACUGUUACCUUGACGGAUGUAAAUGAUAAUGCACCGAAAUUCACCCCGCCGAACUAUCUUAUCAAAGUUCGGGAAGAUCUGCCCAUUGGUGCUGUUGUAACGAUCCUCAGCGCCCAUGAUCCGGAUAUGAAUGAGGGCGGGUUACUCACCUACAAACUGCUCCGUGGUACGUUUGAUAAGUUUGACAUCGAUCGCCAAACAGGAGUGAUACGCAUUGCUGACAAACUGGAUUACGAAACGCAACAAUUAUACAACAUCACUGGAUUAGCCCGAGAUCACGGCAAGCCAUCGAUGUCUGUCACGUGUCAGAUCAUUAUUGAGGUGAUUGAUGUAAACGAGAACAUGUAUGCACCCAAGUUUCCGUACCAGGUGACCGAAGGCUCUGUCAAGGAGAACCUGCCCAUCGGGAGCAGUGUGAUGAAGGUGACCGCCAAGGAUUACGACAAGGCCAAGCAAGACGGAGAGGUUGUCUACUCCAUCCGUGAUGGCACAGGUCUUGGUGUGUUCACCAUCGAUAACGAGGGCUACAUAAAAACCAAUGAAAUCCUCGAUCGCGAAACCACACCUUUCUAUUGGCUGACGGUGUAUGCACAAGAUCGGGCCGCAGUGCCACAAUCAUCCUCAAUCCAGGUUUAUGUUGAAGUUGAGGAUGAAAACGAUAACAUCCCACAAGCAGAACAGCCUGUCUACUACCCCUCAGUGUUCGAAAAUAGUGACCCUGGGAGCACGGUUGUUCAAGUCCGGGCAUACGAUAUGGAUUAUAACCCAAGUCAACGUCUCACCUACGAGAUUACUGGUGGGAAUCCACAGAGUUUCUUCAGUAUCAAUGGGAAUACUGGAGUCGUAUCAACAACAAGAAGGAGGUUGAACAGAGAAAGGCAGCAGGAGCACAUUCUUGAGGUCACAAUCAAGGACAAUGGAACACCCCUCCUUACCUCAACCGCUCGCGUCGUUGUCAAGGUAGGCGAUGUCAACGACAAUGCACCAGAGUUCAAUGAACCCGUCUACAGGUUCCGUGUACCUGAAAUCGACAGCACACAGUUUGGAACUCCGCUAGGCCGGGUGAUCGCCUUCGACAAGGAUGCAGAUAACAAUGCCGAGAUCGACUACAUUGUGAGGGCCGGCCGCGGAAAGUUUACAGUUGGCACGAAGACAGGGAUUAUCUAUGCAAAGAGAGAGCUGCGUGCUGGCAAGCCAUUCAGUAUCAAUGUUCGCGCAAGUGACAAUGGUCGUCCCCAGCGUAAGAGCUCAGUCACGGUCCUCAUCGAGGUCCUGGAGCGCCCGUCGCAAUCAGCAAGCCCGCCACUGUUUAAGACGAGAGCAUUAUCCUUCACCGUGAUGGAGAAUGACCCUGUUGGUCACCUGAUCUGCAUCUUGUCAGCGGAAGAUAAGGAUAGCAACCAGCUUUGGUUUGAUAUCACUGCUGGGAAUGAGGAUGACCAUUUUGCUAUCGACAUGAACCGUGGGAACAUCCUUGUUGCCAAACAACUUGACUGGGAAAAGAAGAACAAGUACAACCUGACGGUAUCAGUGACUGAUGGAGUCCAUACAGCAUACACUUGGCCAAAUUACCUCUAUGUGGCAGUCACAGUCCUUGACAUAAACGACAACCGUCCCGAGUUCGCACAGCAGUCCUACAAGGCUGAGAUAUCGGAGAACAGCAAGAUUGGGACAAGUGUUCUUGUUGUAUCUGCCAUUGACCGUGAUGAAGACAAGCGACUAUUCUACACAAUCCACACAGCGACUAAUACAGCAAGUUUGAAGAAAUUUGUCAUCGACUCUGAUACAGCCAGUCCAACCGCAGGUUUGAUCACCACACGAGAGUUGCUCGACCGUGAGGCCAUCCACCACCAUGAGUUGGUCAUCAUGGCACGCGAUCAGGGCACACCCAGCAAGCGCAACUUUGUACGCAUCGUCAUCAACGUUGUUGACCACAACGACCAUGCGCCAGUGUUCCAGUCAGAGGAGUUUAAGGGAAGCAUCUUUGAGACAGCGGCAAUUGGUACUUCUGUUGUACAACUACAAGCGAUUGAUCGUGACAAGGGAAAGAAUGCGGAGAUUACAUUCAGCAUCAUAUCAGCCCCACCCUGGAUCGACACAAGUAAUGUUGGUGGCAUGUUCAAGAUUGACUCCAAAUCUGGUAUCAUCACAAUUGCCAAGGAGCUCGACCGUGACGUCCAGGAUCUCUACACUCUACAGGUGAAGGCUGUUGAUGGGGGUGACCCGGCCUUGAGCUCAACUGGGAAGGUCAAGGUCAUGGUCACUGUCUCUAACAACGCACCACCCAAGUUUGAGCAUGACGAAUAUGCCACGGAACUGAAGGAGAAUCUCCCAGUGAACACGCACGUUAUUCAAGUCUCUGCAGACAGCAUGUCAUCUGUUAUCUACGAGAUCGUCGGUGGAACGUGCAAGGACAAUUUCAUGAUUAAUCCCAACUCUGGAGUUCUAUCUACAAAUGUUGAGUUUGAUUAUGAACAGACACUGUAUUGUAACAUGAGUGUCCAAGCCAUGAAUAUGGUCGGUACGAAAGCCAACACGUCUGUUAUCGUCCAUAUCCUGGACGUAAAUGAUAAUCACCCAGAGUUCAUCAAGAAGGUCUACAUUGGAAAUAUCAGUGAAGCUGCCGGACCUAAUUCUGUUAUCCUAGAUGAGGAGAAUACACCUCUAGUAGUCCGUGCACUUGAUAAUGACACAAAUCUCAAUGCGUUACUCAAUUAUGAAAUCAUUGAGAAGGAAUACCGACUUCUGUUUGACAUCGGCUCCAGUACUGGUGCAUUGCGUAAUAAAGUUCAACUUGAUCGUGAAGUUAGGCAGCAGUAUGAGUUCACUGUGCAAGUCAAGGACAUGGGCACACCAAGUCUGAGCUCAACGAUCCCUGCAAAGGUCAUCAUCAAGAUUCUCGAUAUCAAUGACUCUCCGCCACAGUUUACUCAAGAUGUUUACAUGUCACAGCUCCGUCUGCCGACAUACCAUGGAGUUACCGUGGCAGAACUAGAAACGGAAGAUGCGGACAGCCCUCCAAAUGCUCAGGUCACAUAUCGUAUCAGUGCUGGCGAUCCCUAUAAUAUUUUCAAGGUCGGCGAGAAGACGGGUAUUGUGACAGUUCAGCAGGAGAAAAAUAUAACGGGUGACAUGAGUCUGACAGUGGAGGCAUCAGAUGGCAAGUACAAAGCAAGCGCAUUGGUCCAUGUCGGGGUCCUACGCAGCUUAGACACACACCUCAGCUUCACGAAAGAUGUCUACCAAGGUGAAGUUAAGGAGGAAACACCAGAAGUCCAAAAUAUUGCUGUUAUCAAUGUUGCAGGAUCGGCAUUGAAUCGCCAAUUCAGAUAUCGUAUUAUCAAUCCUAACAACCUGUUCCAAGUUGGUGAGACGUCCGGCGUUGUUCAGACAACAGCUGUAGCCUGUGACCGUGAAGAGAAGGAUUUGUAUCAGAUCAUCGUAGAGGUAACAGAUGAGACAGUGAAAGCGCAGGUGGCUCAUGCGAUUGUUGAGGUGAAGAUAUUGGAUGUGAACGACAAUGCCCCGAAGUUCGUGAACCAGCCGUACUAUGCUGUGGUGUCAGUGGAUGCCAAGAAGGGCGAACUAGUCAAGCAGGUAACUGCCAUUGACCGAGACAUUGGCAUGAAUGGGGAUGUGAAGUACCGGCUCCUCUACCAGAACCAGACAUCAGGAAAGUUCAAAAUAAACGAGCGAACAGGUGCAAUAAUGGUUGAAAAUGGCUUAUCCUCUGAGGAUGAGAGGAGCGGUUUAGUCUUGAUAGUGGAGGCCGAGGAUAAAGGCAUUCCACCAAUGAAGACCAAUGUUUCUGUACCACUUCAAGUCAUCAAUAAAGCAACACCUAUAUUCGACAAGGCAUUCUACACUGCCUCGAUUCCCGAGAACAGCCCGACACACACUGCUGUCAUAAACAUUGAAGCGAGGAGUCCAUACCAGAGAAAACUCAUCUACUCCAUCUCGAAUGGAGACAAAUAUAAUGAGUUUGCUGUUGAUUUUGACACAGACAUGGGUAAAUUAGGGCCAUGUGCAAUUACUGUUGCUGAGAAACUUGACUAUGAAACGACCAGCAAGUAUGAGUUGACUCUCAGAGCAACCGACACAUUCACAGGGAUCCAUGCUGAAGUCCCUGUCACUGUCAGCCUUGAGGACAUCAAUGACAAUGCUCCCUCCUUCUCAAGCCAGUAUUACACCCAGACAAUCAGCGAAGCGACAACUGUUGGUUCAUCGGUGAUGAAGGUAUCAGCCCAAGACCAUGACUCUGGUGUCAACGCGAAAAUACGCUUUGAAAUUAUGCCAUCAGCAAGUUUGAAUGACAGUUUGUACUUCAUGAUUGAUGAGGAUGAUGGCACGAUUAGGACCAAGGAAAUCUUAGACCAUGAACAGAAGGAACAGCUUCAUUUCAUCGUGAGAGCACUUGAUGGUGGAGAACCAACGCUAUUUGCAACCGUUAAAGUGACCAUCAUUGUGACAGAUUUGAACGAUAAUGCACCUGAAUUCGAUAAGCCGAGUUAUGAAACUAUCAUCACUGAUCAGGCUAAAAGAGGACAGUUCGUUACCAUGGUGACUGCCUCUGAUGCAGACAGCACUGAUGAUGGUAACUUGGUGUAUUCUGUUGUGGAGGGCAACCAGAAACAGACCUUUAGUAUCGAGAGUAACACAGGGAUUAUUACGUUAUCGAAACUCCGUAAGCCAGACCUGGAACCGGUUUAUACUCUGAAUAUUUCUGUGACUGAUGGCGUCUUCACAAGUUUCACUCGUGUCCGUAUCGUUGUGCAAAGCUCCAAUCAUUAUGCCCCACAGUUCAGCAACGAUAUCUACAACAUUGAUGUAGCUGAGAAUACUGUGAUUGGUCAGAAGAUUGCCGUGGUAACAGCAUUGGACCGGGAUCGCGGUAACUUUGGCCUCGUGACAUACAGCAUCAAUAGUGAGGAGAGUCGAGAUAUAUUUACUAUUGAUCCCAGCUCUGGUGAAAUGUUCACAAAGACAACUAUCGACCGUGAGUUGAGGGAUGUCUAUGAGAUCCCUGUAGUCGGGGUUGACCAGGGUGGUAGGACAGGGUUUGCUACGGUGAAGGUCACAGUUACCGAUAUCAAUGAUAACAAACCAGAGUUUGUGAUGAAGCAGUACAGGAAUAACGUACAUGUUGAUGCAGAGAUCGGGAAACUUGUCCUCCAGGUGAAAGCGACUGAUGCCGAUCUUGGUGACAAUGCCAAACUGGAGUACAGUAUCUACAGCACUCCCAACACGUCAUUGGUGGCCGGCGAACUGUUCAAGAUAGAAGAAUACUCGGGCAGGAUCAGGGUGAAGAAUAACCUGUCAGACUUUGAGAGCGAACUGAUACCGUUCUUCAUCAAGGUCAUAGACAAGGGUAAACCACCAAAGGAAAACUUUGUCCCUGUAGAAAUCUUCAUCAUGGCCACUGAUUUGUCACCACCGGAAUUCGAACAACGGCAGUAUGAGUACUUCCUCCCAGAAGACACUGCAUUGGGAACCAUCAUUAAUACGAUAACAGCACAGAGCAAUGUUACCAUUGAGUACCAUAUCGUGGCUGGAAAUGUGGGCACCACGAACAACCCAGCAAAGUUCACCAUGAACCAGGAUGGGAAGUUGACUCUUAUUGAGCCACUUGAUCAUGAGGACAUCACCAUCUACAUUCUUACCAUCCAAGCAAAGACAAAGUCCAAACCUCCGCUGGUCGAUUACACCGAGGUGACCAUCCAUGUCAUGGACAACAACGACAACAGUCCCAAGUUCGAGGUCAACCCAUAUUCUGUCAGCAUUGCAGAAAACUCGGAUAUUGGCACCAGGGUCAUACAGGUUAAAGCCAGUGACAAGGACUCUGGACCGAAUGCUGACAUAACUUAUUCCUUUGCUGAUGAUGUUGCAAACAUUGCCAACGUCUUCCACCUGAAUACACAGACAGGGUGGCUGACGACGUUAGUGGAGUUGGAUCGCGAAACCCGGGAAAAGUAUUCAUUCACAGUGAUUGCAAGAGAUAAUGGCUCUCCCAAGAGGUUGUCUGACACAACUGUUAUUGAUAUUGAUAUCUCAGAUCAUAAUGAUGAGCCUCCAGUCUUCAGCCAGAAGCAGUAUACAGGUGCCGUGAAUGAGGAUGCUCUCCCUGGUACUGUCAUCGUGACCAUCUCGUCCACGGACCGCGAUCUCGGCCAGAACGCUCUCGUCAGUUACCACAUCACUGCCGGCGACAAGCUUGGACAAUUCAACGUGAGGCGCACUGGAGAAAUCUUCGUGAAUAAGCAUCUUGAUCGAGAAGUCACGCCGACCUAUGAGUUAACUAUCGAGGCAUCAGAUGGCGCUUUUGUCACUAGUGUGAAUGUAGUGAUUCAUAUUCUGGACGAUAAUGAUAAUGACCCCCAUUGUGAUAAGGCGGCUUGGACCGAUACGGACACAAACGAUACGUUAACUACCAGUAUUGAAUUUUCUGGAUAUAGCGAUGUUUUCUCUCCAAUCUACCAGAGUAUGAUCCCAGAGGACAUUGCAAUGAAUUCUUACAUUGCACGUGUCCAGGCCACAGACAGGGAUGAGAAGGGAACAAGGAAUGCUAGGAUUGAGUACCUACUGGAUGGAAAGGGCUCCGACUCAUUCCUGCUCGAAAGGAAGUCUGGCAUCCUGACCACCAAGAAACAACUGGACAGAGAGACGAUCUCUGAAUUCCACCUGGUGGUGCAUGCUGUGGAUGGCGGAGGCAGAUCCUGUACAACGGACAUGUAUAUCAGUGUGACAGACAUCAAUGACAACCCGCCGCUAUUCACAAUGAAGAAAUACUCUGUGGCAAUUCUAGAAGACGCUGAGGUGAACACGUUGCUGACGCGGGUAGCCGCAACUGACUUGGAUGUUGGUAUCAAUCGUAAGGUCAAAUACAGCUUAGUUGGACGAUAUAGCGACACCUUCCACAUUGACGAGACCAGUGGUAUUGUAAGCGUCAACACAAAUCUGGACAGAGAAUCCCGAUCAGCAUACAACAUCACUCUGAUGGCAAAGGAUCAGGGAACGCCCUCUUUGUCCUCGACAGCCAGGCUAGAGGUUGUAUUACUUGAUGUCAAUGACAACCCACCUGAGUUUGAACGAUCUAUCUACUAUGCCAGCAUCCGUGAGGAUCUAAAGAUUGGGAAUCGUGUGACGACUGUUUAUGCCAUGAGUAAAGACAUCGGUAUCAACGCUGAGAUCUCUUACUCUAUCAUGGGCGGGAAUGAACAGAGCAUGUUCAGGGUCGAUACAACCACUGGAGUUAUCUACUUGGUGCGGAGCCUCGACUUUGAAACUGCCCGUGAAUAUUUCCUGACCAUCCAGGCCAACGAUGGCGGUACCCCCUCGCUGUCUGCUUCUACCAAAGUCAACAUCAAUGUCACAGACUUCAACGAUAAUGCACCAAAGUUUGUGAAACCAUUCUACAUGAAGAAAGUUGUUGAGAAUGUGCGGAGAGGGACGGAGGUCAUAAAGGUUGAGGCUUCGGAUGCGGACAGCAAAGAAAACGGCCAGCUCUCCUACGCAAUCAUUGCUGGAAAUGAUGAGAAACUCUUCUCUGUGAUGGAGAAGGAUGGAACCGUCAAAACGACCGGAAUUCUUGACCGAGAAAAGAAUGACAAGUACAUCCUGAAGAUCGUAGCUGUCGACAGUGGUCUUAAGCGGCUCACCUCUACGGUCCAGCUAACAGUCCAUGUGCUCGACUUCAAUGACAACCCACCUAUAUUUGAGUUGGACAACUACACAGCCAUAGUCCAGGUGGAUGAGGAAGGAAAUAUCAAAGGCCCGAUGUUUUUUGAGGGUGCUGACUAUGGACAUGCAGUCACCCGGUUCAACUUGACCGACAAGGACCUUGACCCUAAUGGCCCUCCGUACAUCUUCGACAUCAAUGCUGGGAAUGAGGAUCGGGCCUUUAGAAUCACUCCAGAAGGGGUGCUGAGCAGCAUCAAGAAGUUCAACAAAGCUUUGAAGGAGACUUAUGAGUUGUCGAUCAGAGCGUUUGACAAUGGCACACCACCAUUGUAUUCCGAUACGAACGUUUAUGUUCGCAUCGUUGACGAGAGUAUGUACGCUCCAGAACUUUUACCACUCUCCUUGUCAGUUAAUUCUUACGAGGAUAAGUUCCCUGGUGGCUUUAUUGGGCAGCUGAAGGCCCGGGAUCGUGAUCUUUAUGAUGAGUUGACCUUCGGCCUUCCAAAUGCUUCCUUUACUCUUUUCGAAGUAGUCGCAGACAGUGGUUUGAUUAUUGCAAACAGUGGUAUUGAUGGUGGAAAGUACAAGUUAAACGUGAGUGUGACUGAUGGAAAGUUCACAACUUACGGCAACGUCAAUGUAGAAAUCCAAACCAUCACAGAUGAAAUGGUUGCUAAUGCAGUCAUAAUGCGUCUUUCGUCAGUCUCACCAAAACAUUUCGUGGCCAGGCUCAAGACUCCUUUUGUCACGACUUUAGCAAAGCAGUUGCAAGUUGAAAUGAAUCAGGUGUUCAUCCUGGGUAUUCAACCGGCCCCGAGGAAUAUCGAUGGUGCAGUUAGGUAUCGCCGAGAUGUGAAUGAGGACUUGGACAUUCUGUUGGCGGUGGAGAAAUCUGUGGAUAACUUCUAUCGGAAGAACCCGCUGAAGCGUCAACUGGAACGAGCAGCACCUCUGAUAGAGAAAGCCAUAGGGGUACCAGUCGGGAAGGUUUUCAAUGAUGUGUGUACGAGCGAGUUGUGCAAAAAUGGAAGAUGUGUCAGCGUUGUCGAGUUUGACAAAUCACAGAUGGUACAAGUGAAGACAGACGAUGGUGCCACCUACUCCAGCUUGAAGCAUGAGCUCACUCACAAAUGUGAAUGCAAGGAUCACUUUGGAGGUACUCGAUGUGAGAUUGCCCUCAACAAGUGUGCAGGCGACCCAUGUCCUCACUUCAAGGUGUGCGAGCCGGAUGAGCUGCAGGGUUUCCAGUGCUUGUGUCCACCGGGCAAGACAGGACCAAGGUGUGACAAGGAUAUCUUCAGAUGUAGUGAUAAUGAUCCAGAGUGUAAGAAGCCACAACAAAUGGUACCCAAUGCAAUGAGUUUCCGUGGCAAAGGUUACGUGCUAUGGAGCAUCCUCCAGCCGAUUGAGAGGCAACUGACAAUAUCCCUCUACAUCAGGACGCUGCAGAAGAACUCCAUCAUUCUAUUCGCUGGCAAGCUUGACAGAUUUAUCUUGGAGAUGAUCGAUGGUCUGAUCCAGUACCGCUUCGACCUCGGCAGUGGUGAGGGAAUUGCACAGGUCAACUACUACAUCAAUGAUGGUCACUGGCACCACAUCAAAAUCAUGCGGAGCCGCAACACAGCCGAGCUAACAGUCGAUAAGAAGUACACCGCCCAGGCAAUCGCGCCGGGUUACAGUGCCAGCAUGAAUAUAGAGAACAACGCUGUUUAUUUUGGCGCUCAGGUCACAGCUCUGAAUCAUGGAUACUCAAAUGCUAUCAAAGGAUUUGAAGGCUGCAUGAAGGAUGUUUUGAUUAACAAUGAGAGCCCACCGAUGGGCGGGAAGAACAACAUUGCCAUCUUGCAGCAGAUGAAUAAAGUCAAACUGCAGUGUGACGAAGAGAUGAUAGGUCCAUGUGUUAGCUCCCCGUGUCGAAACCGUGGCACGUGUGAGAAUAGGGGGGCUGAUUUCAUCUGCCACUGUACAAGUCGGUUUGUUGGACAGCGAUGCGAGAUUGACUUAAACCCUUGUGCAUCUAAACCUUGUAUGAAUAAUGGUGACUGUGAGAAUCUCUACAACGACUACCUGUGCCACUGCAAGAGCCAGUUCUCUGGCAAGAACUGUGACUAUGGCUACUACUGCAACCCUAACCCAUGCCACAAUUUUGGAAUAUGUCACGAGGGUAAAGCGGGACCUUUCUGUACCUGUCGAGGGUUCACUGGUAAAUUCUGUGAUCUGGACAUUGAUGAAUGCCUUGAGGCCCCUUGUAAGAAUGGGGGCACCUGUAAGAAUACCCCAGGAGCUUUCAACUGUAGCUGUCCACCAGAGGCCAAAGGACAUCGGUGUGAGGAGGUCAACCUCUCAUCGAUUACGUCAACAGGGAUCAACAUCUCGAUGGAUGAAUUAUAUGGCAUUAUUGGUGUUUGUGUUGGGCUACUGAUCAUUGUGAUAAUCAUUGUAGUCGUCUGUCGAUGGAAGCGGCGGAGAUAUGCCAGACAUCGCCAUUUGGAUGGUGAGGGUUCACACGCGAGAUCCAAUGACAUCAUCCUCAACCACACGUCUGAUUUUAAAUCAGGGAAGAUGAGUAACUUGGACGUCGCCACGUCAAAGAAUAAUCCUAACAUUCCACCGAGUCCAAAACCACCACCGAUUCCGAAUCGACCUGCCUCCUACUGCCCAAGUGGUCAAGACUCGAUGCAUACGCUUAAUAACUUCGACACAAUAAGGAAUUAUGGUAGUGCAGCCGAUGAGUUGGAAAGCAUCCAUAAUCAACCAAUUUAUACCGAGUUCUUACAGAACCUGAAUUUGAAUCAGAAUCUGCAGAAGCAUUUGCAGCGGGCUCCUUACAAUACGGAUGGCUCUGAUUCUGACUCGUUAUGUAAACCACAGUGGGAGCUGGACUAUCCAAACAUCGUGGAAAACCUUGACAGAGGUAAAUGGCAUUUACCAGACAAGUACCUGAAAGCCUCCCCGGCCUACAGACAGGCUACUGUCGCCAAUUUGAAGAAUCCCAAGGAGACACCCACUAAACAGAUCAACAACGGUUCUAUAAGCAGCCUGCCGGUCUCCGAGAAUGAAGAGGAUUUACCAGCACCUCCUUGUUCAGAUGAAGAGUACAUCGCUAUCAUGAGAAAUAUCAAGGGUUAUCAUUGGGAUACAUCAGACUGGGCUCCCAACCCUGCCCUCCACAACAUCACCGAACUCCCCGUAAGAGAAGUCUUAGAUCACAGCGGCAGUGACACAACACGAAGCAGCAAUAGCAAUGCCACCGUUCAUGAGGUCAAACUCCUCACUGACGUCAGUGACAACGAGUUCUUAGAAAAUGGCUCGGAAUACGUGGGAGAUUCCGAAUGUGCCGGAGAUUCUGAAUUUGCUGAUAACUCUGACAAUGAGGAGUCUGACUACCCCAAUGGAAUUGAGGACUAUAAUCAAUUCUUAGGGACCCCCUCUGGUCUUAAUUAUGAAGACCUACGCAAGCAUGACUAUAAUGCCCAUUUGAAUAACUAUCUACCCACCUACAGUAUCUCAAACGUGUCCAUGUCGGAUGUAAUGGACGGACAGAGUGAGCUGAGUGAUAAUGUGCAAUACACAGAUGAUGAUCUGGAUAACCGUGAGAUGGAUGGUAAUCUCAGUGAGUUCACGGAUCUUGAGAACAAUGAUGAUGAUGUGACUCAGCGAUUGUUACAGCCGGAGACGACGGGGCCGGUCGCCGGUCGAUCCUCGCCGACUAUGUCUGAUAUAUCUGGUUUAUGUGAUAUAGACGAUAGCGAGGCACCAAGUGAGGAUGAGGACAAUGAGGGGACGAGGAUGGUCGGGUCACGUCUUCAUACACAGGUGUGAGGUUGCUGUAUAAGGUCAGGCAGAGCUGGGCCUAUCAUACUGCGUACCUCUUUUGAAGUACCAAAACCAUAAUGUGUACAUUUACCCUCGUAACUACUUUAAUACAGAUAGUUGCCUCACCUUAAACUCGUCAUACAUUACUUAUCAAUAGAUUGUAGUUAUUUCUGGUCAUCUAUGAUAUUUCAUGCAUAUUUGAUGACUGUCAACUGUGAUCUUGAUGUUAGCAUUGUUUCCAAGGUUACCGGUACCAUUGUCUUUUAUCACUGUAUUUGGGAAUAUGUUUGAUCAUUCUGUUGGGCAACAAAGCUCUGAAUAACUUUUUAAUAUUUUCGGGCGAUUCUUACUUACUGCAUGAAUAUCUCUCGGCAGUGGCCCAAAUAGUGUUGAAUACUGAAGUUAAACGUGUUGUGAGAGUUUUUAUACAGUAUGUUUAUAGAAAUUUACUCUUAUCGUUCAAAGUUCAAAAACUCGGAAAAAUAAGCAUAAUCAAGCUAAGGUAAUUAGCCGCAGUCAUUGUAGAGUGAAAUGUUAUAAUGUAUCAAGACCAACCAUGUCAUUGUGUGCUUAUUUAUAAAUAUUUGAUCGGUAUUAACCAAGAGGCUUUCUUCCCUUCUGAAGUUCUUUAAUUUAACUCUAGCCUCUGGUUGUAUGCAGAGGCUUAGUUUCGGAGGGGUUUCUUCUCGAUGUGAUUGAAGAUCAUGGGUAGCAAUUGGAUAAUCGUCGACACUGCUUGCAAAGCUGAUGAUGUUGAAGUAUUAUUAAAAAGCUCUGAAGACAAAUGUCUAAUAGAUUAGACUUUUUAAACUGCUGUAUAUAAUAAAUACAAAGGUGAUAUAAGAAGUGAUGGAUAAGUCCUUGAAUGCUGCUGCAGUUAAGCUAUUAUACGAUGUUAUGUAAAGUUUCAGGAGGAUAUACUGUGACGUUCAGCUCAGGAUUAGAAGGGAUGCGUUGAUUAGUUGCUCCAAUCUAAAGAUUAGAUGUUUUCCAUAUGAUCUGUUUCUACUGAAGUGGCCAACAUUUCCUGUGCUAGGAGGUUAGGGUCAGCUUGCAUGGUGACCUGUCAUACAGAUACACCACUCUACACAAGCGUUUCCUGACGGUUGGCACCAACAGUGGGUGGCUUGAAAAAUUAAAGUUGUUGUCAAAUUUUCUUUUCGAUUUUUUGUGGUUGGUCAGAUAAGAUAUGAUUAAGGCCUGUUUGUGCUGUGCUUGUUAACUUGUCCACUGCCCUGUCAAGUCAUUUAAUGAACAAGUUGUUGGUCUUAUUCUGAUGAUUUGAAGUAUUGAAAAUGUUAAUAAAGUCAAACCGCCACAUUGUCAGCAUACUCAUGACUCAAUACUACACAAACUUAUGUGAUGUAAAUAUCUGUGUAUAUAUAUUUCCAUACUACAGAUAAGCCUUUGUGUGUUCUUGUUCUUUUUGUACCGUUUUUAAACUCAAUGAUAUACAUGUAAUGUGCAUGUGGUGUGAAUGAUAAUGAUGAGUUUAUGUUCUUUCUUAUUGAAGUAUAUGUUUGUUGGUUGUUGUUCGUAACAAUUCUUUCAGAGACGAGCACCACGAUAUGAGUACUUGUAGCUUAUCUGUAGUAUUGAAAAUGGAGGCAACUAGAUGAUAGAAGUGAAGUUUCUCUGUCCAUAUGAAUUCUCUUGCACAGAAGGAAAGAAUCUCUCAAUGGUAUGGCAAGCAAACGUGUUGUUUUCUCUUGAAAUGGUUUUGAACCUGAUAUAGGCCUAACGUUGGCCUACUUUGCUUGAUGAUUCUGAAUCUGCCAAGCAGUUGAGUGGUUCCAUAAACCAAGCCAUUAACUCAGCAGGUGUGAGUAUGGCCUGUAUGGCCCAAAACUACUCCAGGAAAACACUCCAGGAAGCCCAUGUGGCCUUGUACCAUUCUAUCGCUUGUCGAAGUUUGCCUUGGAAAUCUUUUCCUUCUGCGUGGGCUAUAAUUUACCUCAUUUAGAUAGUGUUUGUAUAUAGUUGCAUACAGGUUCAGAACUGUUUUCAUGCCAUAUUUAGGAGUAUGUAUGUACUUGAAAUGGUGGAGGAGUGGGACCCAAAAAGGUAAACAUGGUCCCACUCCUCCACCCAAAGGUCCCAAUACUCCACCACCUGGUGGAGGAGUGCGACCAGGGUGGAGGAGUACGACCAGGGUGGAGGAGUACGACCAGGGUGGAAGAGUGGGACCUUUUGGUGGAGUUGUGCGACCAGGGUGGUGGAGUAGUGGGACCAGGCUGGUGGAGGCAUUGACCAGGGGUUAACCAGACAAGAUAUCUAAAAAUCAAUCAAUGAGAACAUCAUCAGUUUGGAUUGCAACAAAUCCUUGUUGACCAUAAAAUCGUUGCAAUUUCCGGUUAACCCCCUGCGGUUACUAGGAUUUCCGUUUUUUUUACCAAAACACUUUUUCCCUUCCUGUUGCUGAGUCUGAAGGCAUUGGUUUUAGAAAUCAGGUGAACUACCGCAUAAAAAUCCAAUUGUUUUAGUUUCUUCCUGCAACGUCAAGUUGUUUGAGCCAAUAGCUAGAAUCAUGUGGCAUAGAUGUGUGGUUGUGGUGUUAUUUGUAACGUCCGACAUUUGACAUGUCAAACAACUAGUAAACAAACAAGGGUCAGCGUAUGAUAGUCGUAGGGUGGAUCAAAAAGGUUUUCCAUUAAUACUUGUAAACAGUUUGUUGUUGUCAAUUACAGCUACGUCUUUAACAAAUGUUAACUUAUAUUACAUGAUGUUUCUACCUGAAAAGGGGUUGAGAACAGGUAGCAAAGGAGUCGAUCAUGUGCACCUUGAUUUGUAAGACGUGAUUGAAUGUGCCUGUGUGGUGGCUCUGACUCGUGUCAGUCACCACCCUGGAGAGGCCGCUCCCCAACUUGUUGAGAAUCCCAUUUGUUAAGACUGGCCUCUCACCCUACCAAGCUAGCCUAACCUGGGAAGGACACACAAGAAUGUGCCCAUCACAAUUAAAGCUUGCCAAAAUGUGAGCGUGGUAAUUACAUGUAUACUAGGGGGAUAUAAUGUAUACGUUUAAAGUAACCUGGUCAAUUAAGGCCGACUGGCUUGGUAAGUUGGGAGGCCUGCCUGAUUCUCUACAAGCUGGCCAACUCAUGCUUCUGGGUGGUCAUAGUUCAUAUAAGUAACGCCAGUCAGUUGACUUGGAGAAGAAGCAUGUUUGAAAUGUGCAUUUUAAUUUUCAAAUUUACAAGGCCAGUUACAUGUACUUGCAUGUUAGGGUGGGUUAAUUGUAAAUAGUCACAAUAUAAUAUUUAGGACUUGUGAUGGUUCUCGCCUGUUUUAACAAUUAGUCAGAGCACCAGGCCAGUAUCAGUGAUGAGUCUUAUCCAGGAUCUAAGGUUAAUCACAUUUUAUCAAACAAUGCUGAUGUGUGCAUGUUUUCAGUCAUAAUCUAACAGACUAAAUGUUGAAGUUGAGGUUAACUGCAGGUCUGUGACGUGGCUCUCUGUUGUCAUGUCGUAUUGUUGGAGGUUUGGAAUAAGAGAAAGUAGUAAUAUUUGUAUAUUUUCUAUGAGGUUCUAUAAGAUUCCAGUAUUUGUACAAUCAGGAGGAGAAACUUGGAGGGUUGAGAGAUUGUGAUUAGCAUGUGACGCGUUACCAUGGUUACAUGCCAUUGUCUCUUUGUUUUCUAAUGAAAUAAAGACGCCAUAGAUAUAAUGAUAA